AUGACACCAGACAUCCAGUCCCCUUUCUUCCUGCUGCUGCUACUCCUAGUGCUUACAGGUGAGGGGCACAAGAGUACAGAAACAAAGACUUCAGCUACUCAAGGCAGCCCAGCCUCCAGCUCCACUGAGAGAAAUUUUUUUAACUCUUCCCUGGAAGAUCCCAGGACCAACUACUACCAAGAGCUGCAGAGAAAGAUUUCUGAAUUGCUUUUGCAGAUUUAUAAACAAGAGGAUUUUCUAGGCCUCUAUAAUAUCAGUUUCAGGCCAGGAUCUGUGGUGGUAGAAUCGACUCUGGCCUUCCGAGAGGGUACCAUUGAUGCCCAGAGUGUGGAGACACAGCUUGUUCAGCAUGAAUCAGAAGCAGCCAGAUAUAACCUGUCUAUCUCAAGAGUCAGUGUGAAUGCUGUGUCGUUUCCUUCCUCGGCCCAGACUGGGUCUGGGGUACCAGGCUGGGGCAUUGCCCUGCUGGUGCUGGUCUGCAUUCUGGUUGCGCUGGCCAUCAUCUAUCUCAUUGCCCUGGCUGUUUGUCAGUGCCGCCGAAAGAACUAUGCACAGCUGGACAUCUUUCCAGCCCGGGAUGCCUACCAUCCUAUGAGCGAGUACCCCACCUACCACACCCAUGGGCGCUAUGUGCCCCCGGGUAGUACCAGUCGUAGCCCCUAUGAGGAGGUGUCUGCGGGCAAUGGCCUCUCUUACACGAACCCGGCAGUGGCAGCCACUUCUGCUAACUUGUAG